AUAACGAUAAUCUCCGUUAUCACCUGCACCAUAUCUGUGAUAAGGAAUGGAUAUAAUAGAGAUAAAGCUAGUCAAGUAUUAAUUUUACCACAGAAUGGCGCAAAGUAUUGUCAGAGAUAGUCCUGAAGGAAGUGAACCAAGUGCCCCACCACGAUCUGAAUUGUACUCCGAGCCACCUGGUAAUCCAGAUGUCAGUACCACGGUUGCCGUCCCACCUGUGUAUCCAAGACAAACCAUUAUAACAGUGCAACCUCAAGAUCAGAUUAAUACCAAUGGAUUAUUUAGGAUCCCAGUUCCAGUGAACACUACACAAUGGGUCUCCACACCACGAAAUCAGUUGAAUGCCCUCAUUGGAACGGACUUUUUGAAUGGAAUCGAACUAUUAGAAAUUCAACAGACAGUACAACUCAGCACCUUACUUGACCGAAGAAAUCCUGGAAAUCAAUAUAAAGUCAAAGUUCCAAGGGCUGAGACAAUAUUCUUAGCUACAGAAACAUCUACCGCAUGCCAACGUGAUAUCUUGGGUUCAUCGAAAGGUUUCGUUUUGAGUCUAAAAGAUCCAACAGGACAGAUUGCAUUCAAAUUUUCAAAAGAUGUGAGCUGGGGUUGUUUGCCAGGACUUUUACACAAAAUGACGGUCAACUGUUCAGAGCCUAUCGGCACUAUAGAGCAGAAUUUUACAUUUAUUGGACCCAGUUUUACAGUAUAUGACUAUGUACGGAACCCAUUAUGCAGAAUAUAUGGACCAAAUAUGUUUUGUUGUUGCAUAACACAGGAUACCCAGUUCCAGAUAUUAUCAGUUGAUGGAACCCAUCAGAUCGCUUCACUGAUGCAUCAGUGGGAUCAUCUGCAAAACGUUUAUACAAUAACAUUGACGGUGCCAUCAGAUACAGACGUAAAACUUAAAGGCCUCCUGUUGGGUGCUGCAUUCCUCAUGGAAUACUUGUACUUUGAACGCCUGAGGAGGAAAUGAUGUGGAUCAAUAUAUGACUGAUAUAUGAUGAAAAAGGGAUGCGCAUGCAACUUUUUAGGCUCCGAACUAUUCUUUGUGCGAUAGUGCUAAGCAUUGCCUGCACGUUCCCACUUGUGAAACUGAAUAAAAAUUCAUAAGUAGUU